GGAAAUACUUGUACUGGAAGGGUCAUUUCUCACAUUUUCUAACAUGGCGGUGAAUCUGACAGAGCUUUCUCUUCCUCAGUUGGAGGGACUAAAGACUCAACUUGAGCAGGAGACCGAGUUUUUGACCUCCUCUAUAGGUCAGCUCAAAGUUGUCCAGACGAAAUAUGUAGAAGCUAAGGACAGUUUAAGUGUCCUCAACAAAAACAAUGCAGGAAAAGAAUUGCUGGUGCCCCUCACAAGCUCUAUGUACGUCCCUGGAACACUUAAUGACGUGGAACAUGUCUUAGUGGAUGUGGGGACAGGAUACUACGUUGAAAAGAAUGUCAAUGAUACAAAGGAGUUUUUCAAGCGCAAAAUAGACUUCCUCACCAAGCAGAUAGAGAAGAUUCAGCCGGCUCUGCAGGAUAAAUAUGGCAUGAAACAAGCUGUGAUUGAGGUGAUGAACAUUAAGAUCCAACAGCUUCAGAGUCAACAGGCGUCACAGUCAGGGACCACCAAAGCCUAACCAGUUGAAGAUGGGGCUUACACCAGUCUGCUUUGGUUCUUCAUGAUUGGGGGGGUUGAGUUACUGAAAACAAAUUCUGCAUGAACUGUUAAUGGGUUGAGCCGAGAUAAAACUGGGCGAAAGACAAAAAUGUACUCUAUAACGCAGAACCUAAAUUUGUGCCAACACUACAAUGGUGAAAGGCAGCCAAUGUUAAUGUUGUAACAAACUCCUGGAAAAUUUGAGUCUUUAUUUUGAUUCAGUUUAUGUUCAUUAGCCGGGUUGCUUAAUAUAACUGAAAUGUAGGUAUUUAUUUGUGUACCUUAUGUUCUGUGUAGUGUUUUUUGAUGCUUGUGUUGCUAUAACAAUAGUGCAUUUGAAUAAUAAAAUAGGCUCCCUGGUAAUUUUCUCAGAUUAUAAUUUCUGAUGACAUGAAGUCUGCAACAGAUGUUUUGAAUGGAGAAGAAUAUUUGUGCCCUCUUAUAUUACACAUGUGUCUUUCAGAUUUUGCUCAGUGGCUGGUUUACUGAAACCGUGCUUAAUUUGCAACGCAUGAGAUUUUUUUGAACAUUUAUUAUAAAGCAUUGAAUGCAUAUCAUCGCAUUUGCGUUGUGUCAUAGAGCAGUAGAGUAGAGGCACUUACAGAAGUUGCGAAAAUUGUAGCCUAGGGUCCGGGAAAAAUCUUGGCUUUUAUAAACUAAUUUCAUGCAAUUCUACAUCAUUUUACACGAAUGAAGAUUUGUGUAAAAAAAAAAUAAUACCACACAAAUAAUUAAAAUGGCAGGCUACUUUGACACUGAGAAUCUGAGAUCAAUAAAAACGACAUUGUCUUGAAUCCGGCAA